AUGAAAGUCCAUUAUAUUAAUAUAUUAUUGUUUGCCUUUCCAUUAAAUAUAUUGGUAACAUUAUAUCAUGUAAAUACCCACAAAAAACUAUCCACCACAACAUGUGAUAUACAAACUACCAGAUUAUUAUGCGAGUGUGAAUUAUAUGCACCUGCCAACUAUGAUAAUGACCCACAAAUGAAAGAAGUAAUGGAUAAAUUCAGUAAACAGACACAACAAAGAUUUGAAGAAUACGAUGAAAGGUUGCAAGAAAAACGACAAAUAUGUAAAGAUAAAUGUGAUAAGGAAAUCCAAAAAAUUAUUUUAAAAGAUAAAAUAGAAAAACAAAUGCAAGAACAGUUUGCUACGUUACAAACUGAUAUACAAAGUGAUUCCAUUCCAACAUGUGUUUGCGAAAAAUCAUUAGCGGACAAAUUUGAAAAAACAUGUUUGAAAUGUGGAGGUGUCUUGGGAGGGGGUGUGGCGCCCGAAUUAGGUUUAAUAGGUGGAACGGCUUUAUAUGGGAUAAGUGUUUGGAAACCUAAGGCUAUUGCAUCCGCUAUUGUAGAAGCACAAAAAGCAGGUGAGGCUGCAGGUAAAGCUGCGGGUGAUAUCGCGGGUGUUGCUGAAGUCAUUUCAGGAUUAAAAUCAAAAUUUUCUCUAGAUACAUUAUUUGGUACAACACUGGACAAAUUUAUUACGACAAAAAAUUAUGUUAAUGAAACUGUAAUUUCUGGAGCUGUUAAACUUCAAUAUCAAGUAUCAUGCGCAACAGACCCACUUGGUGAAACAAGCGUUCUGUGCUUUUACAAAACUAUUGGAGAACCUAAUGCUACUGCAGCUGUAGUGGAAAAUGCAAAAAUUGUUGUUACAGAUGCUAUACAAGAAGCUUCUGAAGUGGCGUUUAAAGUUACUGCUUCUAAAACAGCUGAAUUUAAGGAAAUAAAUAUUGCUACCGUAGAAUCUAUAUGUAACAGUUACAACACUGCCAUAAUUGCUUCCAUUGCUACUAUAGUAGUUAUAAUUUUAGUUAUGAUAGUUAUUUAUUUAAUUUUACGUUAUAGUAGAAAAAAGAAAAUGAAGAAAAAACUGCAAUAUAUAAAAUUAUUAAAUCAGUAA